CUUCAAAAUUUUGUGUGAAAUACAUAUGAUUUUUGUACAAAAUUAAUUUUUUUCUUUAUUUGAAGAAAAACUUUGAGUAACAUUCGACCGAACAUUUUAUUUCUCAACCUGUAUGUUAGUGAAAUUCCGUUUAUAUAUUUCUCCAUCAAAUUAUUGAAAUCACUAUAAAGAUCAUGACGUAAUAGUAGUGAUGGUUUGCACAUUUGUGAAUAACGAAAUUGGAGAUCGUAAAUAUGGCGUCGUCCUCGUCUUCUUCAAUAUGUACUCAUUUUUCGCAAAAUGCAUGGAAAAAAGACUUAUGUUCGAAUUGCUUCAAGUCCAAAGAUGAACAUAAGCAACCUAUCUUGGCGACAAUUGCCAAAUUCGCAUGUGCCCCUGCCAAUAUUAGCGGUAGCAGUAACAGCAACCUACAUUCCCAUUUCUGCCUGAAAACGGAAAAGACUGAUUAUCCUAACAAACAUAAAAUGCCGGCAAAAACCUGCAUUAAGAAAUCAAAUUUAUCCAGCAGUAAGAACAAAUCCCAUAAGGUAUGCUUUUUGAAAAACCUCUCCGAAGUAAUCGGCUAUGGUGGUGAAUGGUCAGACGACUCAGAUGAUGAUGAGGAUUUUAUGAAUUUGGCAAAUGAUGAAGACGAAAAAGUUUCUAUUAGUGACGAUGAGGAGAUAGUAGAAUUGAGACGAAUUACGCGUGCCAACACCGAUUUCAAUAUGAAUAACGGAAAUUUGUUGGGUGAUGCGCAAGAAAAUAUUAAAAAAUCGUUCGCUGCCUUAAAAUUGGGGGCUCCUCAAGUGGAUAAGGAAGGUAAAAAGCAGACUUUGCAAAUAAAUGUAAUGCCAUUUGGAAGCAAUCCUCCAUCUUCUAACCAAACGUUAGUUAAAACUAAAUUUGAAUCAAAAAUGUCCAAUGCAAAAAUCAUACCUGUCAGCACUAAUACAUCAACAAGUGAUAGCAGGUUUUCAAGAGAUAAAAGCUGCAAUCGCUUGCCUUCCAGUACACUUAUCCCAAAGUCUUCUUCACCCGCUCCUAUUGAAUCAUCCUAUACAGACGGUACAAACAGUCCACCAAUUGAACGAGCAAUGGAAAAAUCUUUACUUGAUGAAAUUUCUGAAACUUUAGAGAAGAAACAAAAUGAAGCUAAAAACGUUUCAACUAACAGUUCUUCCCCUGCGACGAGGGGCACUAAAGUGAAAUUUGAAAUUACUAGCUUAAGCGACUCGCCGGAAAAUAAAAUAUUUCUCGAUCUUAAAAAGUCUAUCGUACGUAAUACUCCGAUCAGUAAAGAUCAAAUCAAGCCUAAAGUAAAUGUGUUUCACAAGUAUUCAGAUACCGAAAGCAUAAGUUCGGAUAAUGAGAAUGGCUUGUCUGCCUACUACGAUGUGGUGGAAUCUCAGACAAGUUAUGAAAAUCUUCCGGAUGGUAAAUGUGCCAGCAAAGAAGACUCUUCAGUUGCUCUGAAGAAGAUGAACGAUUCCACAGAUGCAUCCAACACUAUUUACAGUACUUCCCAAUACAUAACUGAUAUGUUGCUUUCCUCGAAAACACGCGCUGCUUCUUACAAUUUACAUGAGGGAAAUUUUAUGACUAGUAAAAUAACUUCGGAUGGUUUGAUAGUUACAAAAUGUACUUCAGAUGAUACUUUAGAUUCCACAACCAGUAGCUUUGACGGCAGCAGUGAUGAAGAGACCUCUUACAACGUUAUUCGUAGUGAAUCCGAUUCGGGAAUAGGUAUAAGUUUAACGAACGAGUAUAAAAAUGUCGCCAUAACCGCAAACGAUCGCAAGUGUGCAGAUCAAAUUGCGAAGAAGAAACUAAGUGCCAGCACUAAUAAUUCGGAUUAUGAGGACAUCCAGAUCACCGAACAGGAAUCAAUAAUUACCGUUAAAGAAAACGAUAUUACGGAGAAAUCUCGUGAAUUGCAUGGUGAACCGGAUGGCAGUGCUGAUCCGGACGGCAGCUUAGAGCAGAAAACAGAAACAAUGCAAAAACUACCGGCUCUCCCCAAAUCACCGCCUCCUACAAAUGUUAUGGAUACCCGUCCUCCGUUUUUAAAUCGAUUUUCAAAAAAUCAACCUAAUCUGCUAACAAAAAAGCCUGAUUUACCUGUGAAACCAGCAGUUACUGCUUCCCAAACUCUUUUAAAAACAUUUAUAGCAAAAAAACCCGAAGAACCGCAGCAGAUGAAAAGCCAACUGCAAACAACUACAUCGAAGUCGCAAGAAAACUUAAACCUAAAUGACUGCUCAAAAGAAGAAUUUAAAUUGAAAAAAGGCAAAGCUCCAAAUCCGCCUCCUGAAACAAAAUGUCACGGCUCAUCUGCAAGCGAUAAAGAUUAUAGCACCGAAAUCGAAAUUGUAGAAAGAGAGAAAAGGGAAUUAACAAAAGAACAGGGCGCAAAUGAAGGAGAAUUACAUAAAGUUCAUCCUUCAUCCAGCUUCAGAGAAAAAUCCUCAACCCUAUUUCCUUCAUCUUCCGAAUUAACACAUUCUAUUUAUCCCCGCAAAUUCACCAGUAACACUGCCGUUAAUGGUGAUAAUAACUGUGGUACUGUCAGUAAAGCUAUGGCUGCUCAUGUCUUAAAAGAAAAGGAUAAACGUGAAAGAGCUGUAAUUAAUCCAAAAUUCCGCAGUCUCAAUACUUUUGUGACACAGCGCAAUAACGCUAUGAAAAAUUUGCAAUUGCAGAAUGCAGCUAUACCCAAAGGCGUAAAGCACACAUCUGAACCUAGCCCCAGAAAUCAAAAUAAUCUCUCCAUAUCCGAAGAAUGUUUGACAGAAUCGACUGGGCAACCGGUUACUAGUUCAGCGUCGGUAACAAAUUUGACUGCAGUCCUUGCCCACAAUACUGUCGAUAAACCGAAAUCGAAUCCGGGAAGCAAAACUAAAGCUAAAUUUUCUAUUAAGAAAUUUUUACGAAUGGGAGUUAGCAACAACAAAACUUCCUCAGAAAAUUUGAGUAAACCCAAUAAAGAAAGCAUUUAUUCAGAGAUAUGCACAGGCGAAGAAGCUAACAUUUGUGGAAAACCACGUUUAGUUAUUAUACACCCAAUCGAUAUUAAUCCUACGGCUGUGGAAGUCGUUACGGAUAUAACAAAAACUGGCGAAACAAUAGCUGCUCAAACGGUGGCAGUCGUUACAUCGAAACCACCAGCACCGCCACUACGUUUAACAGAUGGUCAACGUGUCCAGGACAUUAAUAAACCAGCUCGACCUCCACCGCCCAGAAGCGCGGAGCUACACAAAAAACAAAAGAUAACUUUAAUGGCUACUUUAGCAAAUUCAGGGAUUACGCCAGAAUCAAAAAUUAAGAGCUAUAACACACACAUUACAGGAGAUCCGCCAUCAAAAGGCAUAACUAAAAGUAGAUCCGAUAAUGUUUAUGCUAAUUUAGGUGAAAUCCGCUCGGCGAUAGCACCACGCAAGCCUGAACGUACUGCCAGUAUGCGUGAGCGCGAAGCUCAAUUGGAAUUGGCUCGUAAACGACGUAUUGGCGGGGGGUGCACCGUCGAAGGUGGAAUGCCAGAAACUAUUGACAACUGUGAUACUGUCUCGAUUUGCUCGUCAAAUGAGGAAAAUGUAUCUACACUAACACCAGUAGAACAGCAGCAACAACAACAAGAACAACAACUACAUCCGACAUCUGCAAAUAUGAAUGAUUCCAAUAAACCAAAUCAUUCUGGCAAAAAUACCUUCAGUCCGCUAAUGACUAUGAAGCGAAUCGAAGGCAAGCCCCCCAGUGGAAGUGGUCGAAUAAGUACAUUCGAACGAAAAAAAAAUGAAGCAAAAAUUAAUAUAUCCAAUAAAUUGGAAAUAUUCGAUAAUCUUGUCAACGGUACUAACAUUGUCGCCCCCAAUAUUUGCAAUAGUUUGGAAAAUUGCCCCAACAGCAUAAAGGAUUCCGUACGUAAAAUAACAAGUACUAUCGACAGUUAUCUAAAAGAUAAACGAAAUUACGAGAAUUUGUAUGAAUGUGUAAAAGAUCUGCCUAGCCCACCAGAACAUCCAGCUCGUUCAAGUGACUUGCAAACAAACCAACGUCUCCUACAAACAACUAAGCGUAAUAAUUUAUAUGCGGAUACUGUAUCCGUCGCAAGUUAUACUCGAAGCGAAUAUGGGCCAGCUCGGAACUAUGGUUUAAAUAAUAGUUUAGCAAAUAUCGCUCGUAUGACGUCCUCAUCGUAUUGUGGCAGUGAAAUGGGCGAUUUAGAUAUAUAUUCGCCCUAUAGUUAUUAUGGAAGUGAGACGGGCGGUGAUAUUGUUACGGAUAUUAAUGACAGUGUUUGGGGAACGCCGGCGGCUUCUACGAAUCGGGCGAAGACCGUGAACCGUUUGCGUAUGCGCAAAGGCCGCAGUGUAGUACAUAAAACUAUAGAGGAUAAUUAUUCGGCAGUCGUAGGAGCUAAUCAUGAAGCUUUGGCACAGGUGUUAGAGCAACUACAACAAGCACGCAUAACAUCGCCUGCCUUGAGACCCUUAGCCAAUGCCAUUAAUUUGCGUUUUGAGGAUUUUACAAUUUUGGAAGGGGUUCAAGCAUUUGUAGUAGGUAAAAAAGCAUUCCACGCAGCUAUUUGGGCGUCAGUAUCCGUCACGUUAGCGCUUUCUGCUGACUGUAAUCAAUUAGCUGGCGCCGGUGGUGAGCUUAACCAAUUAUCGGGCAGUAUAUCCGGCGCUCUCAAUCCCAUUACGGAAUUUUGUGACCUGGUCCCCAGUUACCAUUUGCCUUUAAUGCCGUCAACUGAGUUCACUUUAUUGCAAGCCACAAUAUCUGUCCUACCACGUUUGCAGUUGGAUACUCUGCUAUCCAUCGGAGCAAUCCUAAAGGGCAAAUCUCAAAUUUUAGACAAAAGCAACUACAAUUUCCGUGGUUCAAUACCCAACUUAACCAUAUCAAAGGAAAGUAAUAACACUAAUGUCAUAAGAAAUGGAGUAUCCGUGCAAAACCUGACUACGUUAAAUGAAGAAGCCAUGGAUAAAAUGAACACAGAAGAAGAAAAUGAAACUAACAUUCCAAACAUUUUGAACGGGGCGCCAGCUUUUGAUGAUGUUAUGACAAGAGAAGUCGCCUUCAUAAUGCUACAAUUAAUAAACGGCAUGAAGAACUUGCAGAUUAAGGCCAUCGAAGAAAUGCCUUUAAGCCUUUCAAAUGUGGUGCUUUCGAAAGAAGUGGAUAAUAAAGAUUCCCAAGCCAGACUUUGCGUGCUACAAGGCAACAAUCACCAAGAAGAAGAUGAACCUAUGGGUACCUUAUGCAAAUGCGCACAUAUUGCUUUAACCGAAAUGUUGCCGCCUACAAAAGUGUCCAACGUUAUAGGCGAAAUUUUGUUGCAAGAACGCGCCGAGUCAUUGUCAAAAUCGAAAUCAGUCUUAGAAUUUAUAUUGUGGGGUCCAUCCGAUGUAGCUUUAACCGGUUCUACGAAAGAACGUGAAUCGGCCUUACAACGCUGGCUAGACUUAGAACGUGCGACUGUAUUGCAUGGCUUAGUACGCACUCGUGUCGAACUUACCGUCUACGAUGAAUGUCAUUUAAUGUUUUUAGUACGCUCAACAGCCAAGAUUAUGAAUGAUGCCGCCAAAAUCGUGAACAAUGAUUAAGGACAACGUAACUUGAAGAUUAGACAUCCACAAGAAGAUCAACUUACAAAAUAUAAAUAAAUACGUACUACAGCUAUUUGAAAACAAAAAAGUUAAUGAAACUGCUUUAUAAUAUUAUAACGUGUCACAGCUUGCUUUCAAUAUUGUGCCAAAUUUAUAUCGCUUUUCAUCUUUUAUAAGAAAUGUAAAAAUUUGUUCUGUAUUCUUCACAUGAUUAGUUAUUAUUUUAAUUUUUAUUGCUAUUUUAAAAAAUAAUAUUAUUUUGAAUAAAUAUAUUAUCAUAUGUGUGGUUAUAAUUGCAUAAUAUUUCUGAUGUACUUGUAGAACCAAAACUUUAUUUCAAAAAAAAACUUUGUAUUUCGCCUCUACUUAUUAGUUAAUUAUAUCUAAAUGAAAUUGCAUUGGUGAUUGGACUAUAAUAAGUUAAUAAAAUAUAUUAAACCUUUUUAUUCCCCCAUGCACAAAUUUGUCACAUUCAAAUAAUAAAUAUAUAUUUGUAAACUUUUGAAUGGCAGGAUCACAAAUUUAAAAAAUGCAAAAGAAUUAACCGAAAAAUGCGAAGUUCGUCGAAUUUGAAAAAUCAGUAGAUGAUAGCUUUCUGAUAUCAAAUGUGUGAUGUCUACAAAUACAUCUUUGGAGAGCAGAUAAAACCCUUAGUUUUUGAAAUUGUAGAACUAUAAGACAGUGAAACCGCCGGAGUGAGCGGACGAACGAAAAUUUUAAAAUCUAAGAACAUAUUUGGUUUCUUAGUCCCAGCAGAGCUCUAAACAAUCGAAACUCUUAAACAUAAGCCUGAUCGUUGCUU